AUGGCGAGUGUGGCUCCCAGCGAUAGCGAGGCUCCAGGGGAGUUGACCUGCCCCAUCUGCCUGGACGCCUUCCGCUGCCCCUGCACGCUCAGCUGCGGCCACUCGUUCUGCCUCAAGUGCGUGGAGGGCGCCUGGGAUGCGGCUGAGUCCUUCUCCUGCCCACAGUGCCGAGUGACCUUCCCUCAGAGGCCCCAGCUGAACAAGAGCGUGACGCUCGCCAACCUGGUGGAGCAGCGCAGUGCUGCAGAGAAAAUGGCCACCAUGGUCUUGUGUGACUUCUGCAACGAUGGCACGACCGCUGCCUCGAAGACCUGCCUCAGGUGUGACAUGUCCUACUGUGUGACUCAUGUAAAGCCUCAUCAGGAGAACCCGAAGUUAAGGAGCCACAUUCUGGUGGAUCCAGACACGAAUCCUGAAGACCGCAAAUGCAAGCCACACAGAAAGAGGAUCAAGUUUUACUGCCGACAGGACGAGAGCUUGGUCUGCACAACCUGCAUCAUCGCAGGAGACCACAAGGGUCACGAUGUGGCUACGCUGGAGGACGAGCACAAGACGCGGGAGAAACAAGUGGGAGAGGAGACGUGGGCGGUGGAGCAGAAGAGGAGAGAGGCGGAGGAGUCCGUUAGGCGGAUGGAGGCCGCUCGCAGGGACGUGCAGGGAUCCAUGACAGAUGAAAAGGCUUCCAUCUCGGUCAGAUUCGCCAGCGCGAGAGCAGCGUUGGAUGCGGAGGAGAAGGCGGCGUUAGAGCAACUGGAGCAGAAAGGACGCAAGCUGCUGUUCCAGAUCGAGAAGAAAAUCGCUCACUACCAGCGCGAGAUCAGCGAGCUCCAGGCAGCAGCUACACGCCUGCAGGCCCUAGCGCAGGAGAGGGACUCGUUCGCGUUCCUGCAGGGGCACCUGGAGGAGACGUGCAGGACAGGGAGGUUUACAGCAGAUCCACCCUCAUGUCCUAGCCAAGAGGACAUUGCCUCGCUUAAAGGCACCGAGAGAAUGGUGGCCAAAUUCCUGUGUGAGUUAUUCACCGUGAAACAUGGGUGAUGGGGCCAU